GAACGAACCAAACCAACAACACCAAUUUUCUCACAUCGCUUUACUUUCUCUUUCCCUCUCCAUCGCUAUUCUUCCUUAUUAACAGUGUAAUCCUUGAGAAGAAGACAAUGGUGGCCUGUGAAACAUGAAGAGGAGCACUGUGUUAUGCAUCUUCAAUGGCAUGUCAUUGUGCUUACAAUGCCUUUUCAUUUUCACCAAAUAGAGAAUUUUUCACCACAAACCACACCAUUUCAAAACCAUCCUCUAGAUGUAGACCCUUUCUCUUGUCCUCCAUGACUAAUGCAACACCAUCCUACAACACACUUGUUUAUGAGGCUGUUAGGCUCUUGGGUCCUCCAGCAAGAUUUGAAGCUUCAAAACUGAAGGUUGUUCUAUUGGAAGAUCAGAUAAACAAAUAUGCAAAUAUUAUUCCGAGAACCUACAUCCUAUCCCAUUGUGACUUAACAGCUAAUCUGACUUUAGCUGUGUCCAAUGUGAUCAACCUAGAGCAGUUGAGAGGGUGGUAUGAGAAGGAUGAUGUUGUAGCUGAAUGGAAGAAAGUGAAAAAUGAAAUGUGUCUUCAUGUUCAUUGCUUUGUCAGUGGUCCCAAUUCCUUCCUGGAUCUGGCCGCUGAAUUUAGAUAUCACAUAUUCUCCAAGGAAAUGCCUUUGGUACUCAAAGCAAUUCAAUGUGGAGAUUCUGGACUUUUCCAUGAGCAUCCCGAAUUGCUGGAUUCUAUAGUUAGAGUAUAUUUUCAUUCUAGCUCAAAAAAGUACAACAGAAUGGAAUGUUGGGGACCUCUCAAGGAUGCCAUGGAGGGAAAACAAGUGGAUCAGUUUCAAGGGUCAAUAAGCAGAGAUUGUCCUCAUGAAAAGUGGCGGAGUCCAAAGUCCAUCUUCCAAGCUCUUUUUGCUUUUCUUCUUUAAAAUAUGUUAAUAACUUGGAUUAUUUGUUUCUAUCCCAAUUCCUCCCAUAGCUCCGAAUUUCAGGGGGCUUAGACAAAGCAAAAUUCAGCUUGGAAAUGAACUAAUCCCAAAAAAGAAACUAUUAAUAUUUGGGAACACCCAAAACCAAAAGGAAAAUGUAAUGCACAAAAGCAGAUGUCUUGCACAGCCAAAGUAUUUUGCUUUAUGACUUC